CACAGAACUCCAUCCCCGAGCAGCUAAAAGCAGCCAGGCACUGUCAGGGCGCCCUCCAUCUCCUCAGGACCACCUGCCCCCGUUCUCUCUCUCACUCGGUUGGAAGAGGCUGUGGAGACCAUGUGUGAAGAGGAAGACAGCACUGCCCUGGUGUGCGACAACGGCUCCGGCCUGUGCAAGGCGGGUUUUGCUGGGGACGAUGCGCCCAGAGCUGUGUUCCCGUCCAUCGUGGGCCGGCCCCGUCACCAGGGUGUGAUGGUGGGCAUGGGUCAAAAAGACAGCUAUGUAGGUGACGAAGCUCAGAGCAAAAGAGGAAUCCUGACCUUGAAAUACCCCAUAGAGCACGGCAUCAUCACAAACUGGGACGACAUGGAAAAGAUCUGGCACCACUCUUUCUACAACGAGCUGCGUGUUGCCCCCGAAGAACACCCCACCUUGCUGACCGAGGCUCCCCUGAACCCCAAGGCAAAUCGAGAGAAAAUGACCCAGAUUAUGUUUGAGACAUUCAACGUCCCAGCCAUGUACGUGGCUAUUCAGGCGGUGCUGUCCCUCUACGCUUCUGGACGUACAACUGGGAUCGUGCUUGACUCCGGCGACGGGGUCACCCACAACGUGCCCAUCUACGAAGGCUAUGCCCUGCCCCACGCCAUCAUGCGCCUGGACUUGGCAGGCCGAGACCUGACAGACUACCUCAUGAAGAUCCUGACUGAGCGCGGCUAUUCCUUCGUGACCACCGCUGAGCGGGAGAUCGUGCGGGACAUCAAGGAGAAGCUAUGCUACGUGGCUUUGGACUUUGAAAAUGAGAUGGCCACAGCGGCCACCUCUUCCUCCCUGGAGAAGAGCUACGAACUGCCCGACGGUCAGGUGAUCACCAUCGGUAAUGAGCGGUUCCGCUGCCCCGAGACCCUAUUCCAGCCCUCCUUCAUCGGGAUGGAGUCAGCGGGCAUUCAUGAAACCACCUAUAACAGCAUCAUGAAGUGUGACAUCGACAUCAGGAAAGAUCUCUAUGCUAACAACGUCCUGUCUGGGGGCACCACGAUGUACCCUGGCAUUGCUGACCGCAUGCAAAAGGAAAUCACCGCUCUGGCUCCCAGCACCAUGAAGAUCAAGAUCAUCGCUCCGCCAGAGCGCAAGUACUCGGUGUGGAUUGGCGGCUCCAUCCUGGCGUCCCUGUCCACCUUCCAGCAGAUGUGGAUCAGCAAACAGGAGUACGACGAGGCGGGGCCCUCCAUCGUCCAUCGCAAGUGUUUCUAAACCGGCCUUCCCGCUCCCUGUAUGGUUUCAGUAGACAACUGUGAAUGGAUUCAGGAUCAUGUACUUAAAGCUCUGACCACAAAAGAAACAAAAAAAAACCCACAAAAAAGAACAAAAACUUUCUUAAUAAAGGCCCCGAUUGGAUUUCUUAGGUAUUUUAUAAAUAAAUCUGAAAUACGCCACCAGGAACUCACA